AUGCAGAUCAGUGAAGGAUCUUCCUUGCCUGUGGAACUCUGGAUGCACAUCCUGGACGAUGUUGCAGAGGAACAGAACUACGAUGCAAUAGCAAGAUGCGCCAGGGUCUGCCGAUUCUUCGAGCACAUGUGUAAGAAGCAUUUACAGGACGACUUGACGUUCAGUAGCGAAGAAGGCGUGGAGCACCUCAAGACAGACACUGCAGAGAUGGAGAUCGGGGGCUGGCGAGGACCGCAAUUCGCAACCAUCGUGGGAGAAAGGGACUCCAAAGCGAUUCCACACGUGGCCACGUUCGCCUCCAGAUUCGCAGGCAGGUGGACUCAGAUUUGGGUCCUGACCAUCGAGAACGCGUCGUGGCCGUCGUCGCUCCGGGCCGCCAAUGCCGCCGUCUUCCGGGAUUUGUCGCGCCUUGCCUCGAUCACCCGCCUCGUCUUGGAAUACGUCACAUUUCCAUCCAUCGUCACGUUUGGCGCCCUCGUCUCGGCUCUCCCGCGCCUCGAACGGCUCCAUCUCCGCGAUGUCACGCUCACCGGAUCCUCAGGUCUAUUCGACCCUCGCACGCUUGCCGAGUUUCGUCUUCUGCCACCAACCAAGAACCUGCAGCAUAUCACCCUGGGACAUGUCUCUGACUACGGCUCGCACAAGUUCAUUCCUUCUGCAUGGCCGUGCUAUACAGAGCUUCUCGCUUUCAUAGUCGCCGUAAGCAACCCCUGUGGCAAGUCCCCUCGUGUCUAUCCAUGGGGCUCCGUCUGCAACUUGCGACUCGACGAAAAUGUCUGGUGGAAGUUCUCCUCCUCCUCGAUUGCCCGGCUCCUGCAUGCCCUUCCAUCGCUUGAGAACCUCAAGUUUGCAACUGCAGAUAGUACCGUUGCAGACCUUGAGAUCACAGGUCUCCCUGCGCAUCCAAGGCUGGAACCAAUCGCAAUUGGCGUGCAUUGUGCGACUGCCCAGUCUCAGCAUGUGGCCCGUAUUAUACGUUGCUUGAUCGACAUGGACUUUCCCCUCACAGUUAUGCGAAUCUACGCUACGGUAUAUCCCUUCCUACGAGACGCUCAUAGGUUGGUGGCCACUGCCAUCAAUGAAUUGGUUCACCAUGCCGGACCGUCACUCGACGAUCUUGGUGUUUUUCUCCAAGGCGAUAGAUACGACAGUGUUAUCCCAAUUGACGCUGCUGCAGACCGAUACCGUCGAUGUGAUCUCUUUGCGAACACAAACCCCACAUCCCUUCGAAUUUAUGGUUGCGAUGCAUCCUGCCUUGGCGUGCGCGAGAUCCUGUCCCACGUCACAUCAAGAUGCGUCGCUUCCGUCAACAUCCAUUUCAGAUCGUUGGAACGGCGUGACCGGGGAGAGUUGGGCGAGGGCCUUUCGCAAUUGGACACCGUGCUUUUACUUCCUGUCUUCGACAACCUCUUGCACGUACUGAUAUGGGCGAGAUUUCCUCAGUUUCAGCCUCAGGCAGAGAUGGAAAAGUGGGCGCACUCGAUGAAGUCAUCCAUGUCUAGUCUCGAUGAACGGAGGGUCCUAGGGAUUGAACUACGUGACGAAGACUCGCGGCACCGUGUCAGGCUUGGGUUGAUUUGGGAUCAUGACAUAGAGGAUUGGAGACGUUAUGAUAGCAGGAUGGACGAGAAUGGCAAUGUGGAAAUCGCCGAGGUUCCUGCUUCCGAGGGUCGUGCACCUUCUGAAGCAAUGGCGGCGCACACGGCGUGGAAGCGGUCUUCUCAGACACAGGGCGACCGGCGAUCGGCCCCAGAGCCAGAGUGGCAAGCACAACCCCAGCGGUGGAUGACGGAGGUCACAGCGCGUGGCCGUGCAUACGAAGAGGAGGCGCGAGGCGUCAAGGGGAUUUGA